AUGAAGGACCAAUCACCAAACAGCAGCAGCAACGACAAUGGCUUUGCUCUCCGAAACUCCUUGGGACUUCCCAUUGAUGCGAGCACACAACCGCCCAUUGCCUCACCACGAGGCGCUCCAUUGCGAAGACAAGAAAUCCUCAACAUCAUUCACGACGUUCUGGCCAUACUGGACGAUGACGAUGAGUUUGGUGACGACAUUUCCAUGCCUUCAUCAUCGGAUACAAGGAACGUUCCUUGCGGAGGCGCCGAUGACAGACAGUAA